AUGUCGACCAGAGUCACGACCAAACGAGCUUCUGCUUUGACCGUUUCGACGCCUUCCGCCACUACACCUUCUUCGUACACGCGCUCCCAGGCGCAGCAGCUCGGCAGCGGUAGCAGCAGCAGCACCAGCACCAGCACCGGCAACCGCACCACCGGCACCAGUCUGAGCAGUCUCACCGGCAGUAGUCAGCCCCAGCACCCGUCCAACAAGUCCAAGGCUCCCUCGGACGAGUUCGAAGAAGCCUGGUUACUCUACAACCAACAGGCGCCGGCCUCGACCUCGUCCUUGGUCAUAGCAACCCCGCCCUUGCCCCCAAAGAGCUCGAACUCGUCCACGACGACGGCGACGACGACGACGAUGAUCAACUCGCGGAGACCGCCGCCACCGCCGACGACUUCGGCCUCGACGCAUGUCGAGUAUCGCGUCGACCGCUACCACGUCGAUGGAGUAGAACGCGAGGUGUUGACGAUCGAGGAUACGCCCGAACCCGUGCCAUCGACUUCACGCCACAACGGCAACGGCAAUGGCACCGCGAACUAUUCCCACGCGCCUACGCCUUCUUCCUCCAAUCCGGCCUACUUGUACCCCCACCCACCACCGGCACAAGGGCUAGGCUCCAGCUCCACGAACGCCACCUACUACUCGAACGACAUCAAACCAAACGCCAACGGCGUUGGCGCGGGAACGACCAACAAGCGACGACGGAACAAUGAACUUGGCGCCUACGUCGACGACCACCAGCAUGACUAUGCCGCCCGUGCACCCCCCCACAACCUCGCUCCGGGCACGACAACAACAACGACGACGAGCUCGUCUAGGACAGCAGCCGCACCGCGGUACAAACAACCCCCGCCGCCGGGCGCCCCGACGACGUCAUCGAAGAAUGCACUUUCCUCCUCUGUCUCCAGGAAACGCAAGCUCGAUGAAGUCACAGAGGUUCGUUUCUUGUUGUCCGGCCUUGAGUUCAUGCUUGGUUUACUCAACUUUUCCCUACGCCCGUACAGCCGACUGCGGACAAGGACGGGCAUUUCAUUAUUGUACCGGGGAAUAAAAUCAUCGAUGCACACACGCAGGUGUCUUGUGAGUACAGAGGUGCACGGUGCGACGCACACGCUUUGUCGCGAUACGCUCUGACGUGGUCCUUCCCUUCUCCUCACAGACACGAUCGACCGGUCACUGGGCCAAGGAACAUUUGGCAAAGUCGUUGCUGCCAAAAGCUCGGCCACGAACGAGAUGGUCGCCGUCAAAGUCAUGUCAGUAUCGUAGAUCUGCUUUUUCGAUGCGAUCGUUUCUUGGGGGCUCGUACUGACGAUCAACCUUGAAUUCAUCUACACAGUCGAGCGAUCCCAAAAUAUCGAGAAGCUGCCAAAGUCGAGAUCAACGUGCUCAAGCGGUUAGCGUUCAGUGAUCCGCACAAUCAACAGUGCGUACCCCGAACGCCUUUCUUGUCUUAUUCCAUUAUAGUGCUGACGCCGCAUACAACAGCCAAUGUAUUCAUAUGCUAUCCUCGUUCGACUUCCGUGACCAUACCUGCAUCGUCUCCGAACUGUUGUCCGUUUCCGUAUUCGACUUUCUCAAGGACAACGGCUACGCACCGUUCCCUUUCAGCCAUGUGCAGUCUUUUGCGCGGCAACUCCUCAAGAGUGUAGACUGUGAGUUGUGGUUUAGUUUCUGAGACUUUGGCGGAUUUGACGGCUGAUCUCACUUCGGUUCGUGUGUGCAGAUGUGCACAAAGAGCAUUUCAUCCACACCGACCUCAAGCCGGAGAACAUCUUGCUCGAGGAACGGGCGGCUAAAUGCAUCGACAACCCUUUUAAUGUGAGCUUUGCUGUCGGAUCGAUUGUCUGGCAUCCGAAUUGGCGACUGAUUUCGCGUGAGGACAUCAUCGCUCUCAGCCCAAGCACAAGACAAGACGGAUCCUCAAGAACUCCAAAAUCCGGCUAAUCGACUUUGGGAGCGCGACCAAGCAGACGGAGUACCAUGCCACGGUUGUUUCAACACGGCAUUACCGUGCACCCGAGAUCAUUUUGGGUACGUCCUUGGACGGGUGUUUGAGCCAAGUGCUCAAGCUCGUUGCGAGACGGUACUGACUUGAUGAACCGCACGGUGCGUCCUUAGGUCUGGACUGGUCGUUCCCCUGCGACGUUUGGUCCAUUGGAUGCAUUUUGGUCGAGUUCGUCACUGGCGAGGCGCUGUUCCAAACACACGAGAACCUCGAACACCUCGCCAUGAUGGAACGCGUCUUUGGCAAGAUGCCACCGGCUUUGGCUGUGUCGGCUCUCAAGUGCGUCCCGUUACUCCUUCAACUUUCCGCAGAUUUCUGGUACUGAUAAGAACUUUGCUUUCUAUCUCACAGUAAAGAGAAGAAGAACAUGCAAAGCUCGCGGGAGAAGAACAAGGUCGCCCCCGAUGUCUCUAACUGGUUGGUCGAGGCCAGCGGUGCAUCACGAGGCACGUACCGAGUCAACUUCCCGACCGCUGCGACGGCGAAACAGAGCAAGAGAUUCGUCGAAGGCAUGAGGUCACUCGAGGUGGGUCUUUGUGCGCUGUUGCGAGGUGCGUUCGGGAAGUGCUAAUUCAAGGUCUCGUACACGACCUAAUGCACAGCGAACGGUCAAGGACGCGUGCGCCUACGCCUACGACGACGUGGCGACCAAUAAAGCCCCUUUAGUCGAAUUCAUCGACCUCCUCCGCCAACUCCUGCAAUGGGAUCCCGCGCACCGGAUAGAGGUCAAGGACGCGCUCAAGCAUCCUUUCCUCACCGUCGAGAUCAAGGAUGAUGUCAUGCGGGCUUGGGGGACGAACACCGAAUGA